UCUCCCAUCCCGCAAGAUCGUCAACACCGCAUUGCAGGAGAUAUAGCCUCGCCUGAAAUGGCAUCCAAAACCAUCGAGAUCCAUCGCGUCGGCGCGGAGAUAUUCCGGGGCGACGAUGCCAUGUGCAAGAAGAAGUGCGUGGAGGUGCUCGAGGAGCUGGGCCUCCCCACGGGCCUGCUGCCGCUGGAGGAGAUGGAGGAGUUCGGGUACAACCGCGCGGCGGGCUUCAUGUGGCUGCUGCAGAGGAAGAAGACGGAGCACACGUUCAAGAAGGUGAAGCAGACCGUGUCGUACGCCGGCGAGGUGACGGCCUUCGUCGAGCCGGGGAAGCUGAGGAAGAUCGCCGGCGUGAAGACCAAGGAGCUGUUCCUGUGGCUCAGCGUGGUGGAGGUGUAUGUUGAUGAGAGCGUGACGGCCCCUGGUAACAAGGUCACCUUCAAGACCGGCACUGGUCUAUCUGAGACCUUCGAUGCUGCUGCUUUUGCCCUUGGAGAAUGAAUAACUGUGUUGUGAUAUAGUUGCAGAAGUUUGUGCCAGUACUGCCAGAUACUUAUAAACCCUUGCGAUGCUUGUAAGCUGUCCUUCUUGUUCCAUACCUGAAUUUGAAUA